CAAACCGACAUUGCCUAACCUUCUAGAAAGAUCUCGGCGCAAUAAAAAGCUUGUCAAAUUUUGCAAAGCUCGAUUGCUUCAGAAAUUUGUAAAAACAACACUCGCAAGCAUAAUGUCAGUUACGCUGCACACGAAUCUCGGCGACAUCAAGUGCGAGAUCUUCUGCGACGAGGUUCCCAAGGCUGCCGAGAAUUUUUUGGCACUAUGCGCAAGUGGUUAUUAUGAUGGGACCAUAUUUCACCGGAAUAUUAAAGGUUUUAUGAUUCAAGGCGGAGACCCAACAGGUACCGGCAAGGGGGGGACCAGUAUAUGGGGCAAGAAGUUCAGCGACGAGAUAAGAGAGUCCCUCAAGCACAAUGCAAGGGGGAUUCUUGCAAUGGCCAAUAGCGGCCCCAAUACUAAUGGAAGCCAGUUCUUCAUAACUUAUGCAAAGCAACCACAUCUAAACGGACUAUACACUGUGUUUGGGAAAGUGAUUCAUGGGUUUGAAGUCCUUGAUCUAAUGGAAAAGACUCAAAUAGGUCCAGGAGAUCGACCACUUGCAGAGAUCAGACUAAAUCGUGUAACGAUGCAUGCUAAUCCACUAGCUGGUUAGUCUCAGCUUGUAGCAUUUUUGGCUGUGUACUGCAUUCUGGGGAGGUCUCUGUGUUAUUCAAAUUUUAGGAUUAAACUCUUCACCGCAGUUUUAUACUUCUGAUCAACUGGGGCAAUGUACUUGAACUGAACUAAGAGAGAGAUAGAAAAUUAUAUAAUGCUGUUAUUUAUUUGUAUGACAGCAUUUGGAUAACUUGAGAAAUGUAAAAUUGAAGCUUGCAUUGAACUUCCAACUGCUUUGAGCAUUUCCAUGUGGUAUUAUUGUAAUUACUUAAUUGACGUAUAGGGUUCAAUCGAAGCUGCUCAUCUUGUUUGUAUU